AUGGAAGCAAAAGUAACAAUGCUGUAUUACUUAAUUCUCAUUACAUUUGUUGUCUUUUUCAAUUUGACAACUGCAUUCCCGCAUAAAGAUGCACAAAAAGAUUCGAAAGAAAUGGGGAAAAUUAUAACAAAAACAAGUGAUGAGAAGCCAUCGGGAAAUCUCGGUCUUAUCAAAACUGAUGAAGAAGCGAUUUGUGAAGAUGAAUUAUGCAAUAAUCGAGGCACAUGUAUUGGCAAUAAAGAUACAAACUUUUGCAUUUGUAGGCUUGGCUAUACUGGAAUGCAUUGUGAAAAUUCUCCAUGCGAUUCAACAAAAGAUUGUAACGGUAAAGGAUUAUGCAUUGGUACAUCGACAAGUCAUACUUGCAUGUGUCAAUUAGGUUACACUGGUGAAAACUGUGAAAAGAAUGUUAGAAAAUGA